AUGUUGAAAAGAAAUAAAGCAAAUGUUGUAAAUAAUACUGAAGUAGCUGAAGUUAAACAAACUCCAACACCUUCGCCAAAACCAACGUCAAAACCAACACCUUCACAAGCAAAACCUUCAAUGACUCCUGAACCUAUGGAAGUACAAACUCCUGUUCAAAAGUCAACUCCUAAACCGACUCCAACAUUUAAACCAGAACCUACUCCUCAAAUAAAUCGUAAAACUCCUGCGUUUCCUUACUGA